UCGUAAUAAACAAACAAACCCGCCCGCAGGGAUAUUGUUUUCCACAAUUUUCAUCGUUUUUUCAUUAUUUCUAAAGAUAGUGUGGAAUCGCAAUGUUUACGGUUGUUCCCUCGAGAUUUUCGGGUCUAAAAAUCGAAGACGACGAUGAUGGAUUUCGAAAACCAAAGCAAAAAUCUAGAUCCAAUGCAAACUCCAAGCCCAAGACGACGACGACCACUACGCCGCCCGUGAAAACAGCUGCAGCUCCUCCACCACAAUCUCAACCGCAAGCAAAGAAACCUAAACCAAAAUCACAGAAAAACAAAAACUCCAGCGACGCAGUACAGAAGGAGCAGUGGUCCAAAUGGCAGGAAAAGGAUACGGAGCUGGUGGAGAAAUCGUACAUGAAUGAUCUGGAACAGGCACUGCUGCUAUCGAAGCUCGAUUUCGAGGCCAACAAAACCAAGUACAAUCAGCAGGAAAAGGAAUCCAAGGCUGCGAAGGACAAGAAACCCAAAACACUGUCCCUGCAAGAGUUCCAAGAGAAGGUCAGCAAGGAGUUGAAUGAAAAGCAGCAGCAAAGAAAGCGCCAACAAGAGGAGGCAGAAUACAACCGCAACUACACCUUCUUCGAACAGAUCGAUCUCGAAACGAAGCAAAUCCUCAACAAAGAGCAGCUGAAAACGUUGCUGCAGCAAAACAAUGCCAAUUCUGCGAAAGCUAGGGAAUCGAAAGGCAAAACAGAUGACCUUCCGGCAGUCGAACAGCCUGCCAGUGAGUUGGAUUUGCUUAAAGAGGAAAAUGCCACCCUAAAGGAAGAGAUCACGGUUCUGCGCGAUCGGUACAAGAAGGUGGUGGCAAUGCUCAAGAAUGGAGAAAUGAAAGAGAAAACCGAACUGAUGAUAGAGAUUGAGAAGCUGCGCAAGGUGCAGGAGGACAUGACCGCCGAGAUGACCGCCCUGUACGGUCAGCUAGAGCAGGCCAAGUCCAGAACGAACCAGGAAUCGAAGGGCAAAGAAAAGCUAGCAAGUCGCCGCUCGGUACGGUUUGAUGCUGCUUCUGAAGUGCAGCCCGAAAGUGGCACCAAUUAGAACCAAUUCUCAUUCCAGCAUUAAACACUUUGAGUGCAGUAUUGAAGCACAUUUCCCAGACGAUCUCAUUUCUCAACGUAAUGGCUGUAGAUAUAAGAAUCUAAAUUGACAGAGUGUUUCAGUAGCAUAAAUUUCGUUCCAAUAGCUUUAGUACAUUGCAUUACAUUGUCUUUUUUCCAGGGAAAGUAAAUAAAACGAAACGAAUGAAAAGCA